AUGCCUGAGCAAUUUCUCACUCCAUUCGUCACUCCAGACCAGAAGAGGAGCUUCCCAAAAGCCGUGAUUGAGGCCAUUUUUCGGAGCUCAAAACUCAGAGCUAAAGUCAAGCAACUAAGACGGGCUUUGUCUGUCAAAAAGAAAUCAGUUGACCUUUGCUGUUAUUCACCUAUUAUUUCUAAGAGCGGAGAUUGCCAUGGUAGUUAUGAUCUGCAAGCAUCCCCACUUGCCUUAACACAGUCAACUUCCGGUCAGAGAGAGUCACCAGCGGAAACUGUAAACCGUCCUGAAAGUGCGAUGAAAUCGCUGUCAACCACUGAUCUGACUGAAACCUUUGACAAAAUGGCAGUCGACGCGGACAUUUACACGCAGAAGUAUAACAAGUUGCAGGGGAUAAACUUGAGAAAGCGAUGCCAUUCCUUUCAGCAUGACAGAACGGCCACAUGUGUUGUUGAGCUCUUCCCAGACGAAAACAUCUGUGAAAGCAUAAGUUCCAAACAGGUGGCCAGGCAUCACUACACUGACAGCAGCAAGCUGGUGAGAGACUUGACGGAAAAUUGCAAAACUGAACUAGACAAAGCAAGAGUUCUCUUCAAAUGGAUGAUUGCCAUGGAGCAGAAAAAUGCAAGUAAAAAACCACAGGGUGGUCCAAACGUCAUCGGACAUGGAGGGGUUCAAUGUCAGAUACUUUUCAACAAUCUCUGCAGACAAGCCGGAAUGCAUUCAGAAAUCAUCGUGGGAUACUCAAAAGGGGCCGGUCACAGACCCGGCAUGCCCCUUGAUCACAAGUCACACAGGAACUCCUGGAACGCUGUUGCUGUUGACGGUACGUGGAGGUUCGUCAAUUGCACGUGGGCCGCUCGUCACAUGACAGGAAGUGAAAAGAGUUCAUCUCGGCUUCUACACAAAUAUGACGAGUUCUAUUUUCUCACUGACCCCGAGGAACACAUUUAUCAGCAUUUUCCUGAUGACCCAAAGUGGCAGCUUCUCGAUAAGACACUGAGUUUUGAGGAAUUCACCAACUUGCCGUCUGUGAAGUCACCAUAUUUCAAGCAUGGCCUGCAGUUUUCUUGUGUCACACCCUCCCUACUGAAAACGGAAAAUAAUUCCGUUGAAAUAAAACUAGAUUCAUUGGACCAUUUGAAUGUUGAGUCACGACUGGAAAUGUGCGAGUCACCGCGUGAACAGGUUAAAAACCAUGUGCUUCAGCGCCGUGUUGGGAGCCAGAUUAUUUUGACAGUUGUGCCACCACAGCCGGGAUCUUACUACCUGUCCGUGUACGCCGGGGAUAGCUGCACAUCUGAUGUGUUGGAGUGUGUCUUCUGCCUUCGUAUUCUGCACGCUCCAGUUUGUGUGUAUGCGGAGUCACCUAAAUCGACUGCUUACCCACCCGUGUCAACACUGGGAUCAACUCCACUGAUGUCCACACUGGGUGUGUCCACAAACUCACACCACGACCCUCUAGUCAACAUGGUGAACAACACCAUUCUAAUUGACUUUAACGUCAGAGACGAUAUAAAGUUCACGCAUACGCUUCAGUACUAUGACAGUGAUGGCGACUCCCUCUUGGACAUUGACAGGUACGCCUUUCCUACAAUCAGGACACACUCUGACCUGUCUUACUCCGUGGCUUGUCCCAGAAAAGGCUCCUACAUCUUUAGUCUGUACGGAGCCACCAGAGACUCCAACACGUAUGACUGUCUGUUCCAAUACCUACUCGUGUGCUCUUCAGAUAACCUCAGUUAUUUGAGCUUCCCCAAAUCUUACAACAGUUGGCGUGACAGCUCAUUGGUAUCCCCUUUGCACGGAGAACUUGUACAGGACACGGAAUACACAUUCGGCCUGAGUGUGAAGAAAGCUUUAAAGGUCUUCGUUGUCAUCGGUUCGGAGAAAUAUCCAUUACAGAAGGUGGAGGACAGCGAGUGGUUUGGAAAAGUUUUAACAGGAGAUGCUUCGCCCAUUGCCACUGUCAUAGCCGAAUAUAUGUCUGAGACUGGAAAUCCCUUUUUCAAACGACUGUUGGAAUAUGAUAUCCUCUAA